ACUCAGAGGCUUGUUGUGUGAAAGGGGAUCACCAGUACAAAAGUUUGAGAACCACUGAGCUUGGGGUAGUUCCAUUCUGCUUCCUUUAGUUUUCUUUGCUGAUUCAAUUCUGAGACUGGAUUCUCUUCCACUUCCUGUCCUAAAUUUUCAUGCAGUAUCACUCUUAAGCACCUGCCAUGUCCUUCCCCAGAGGCAGCUGCAUUUUAGAGCUGGGAGGUGACUCACUCUCUGCAAAUCACUUUGGGAUGAGGCACAGUGGAGGCUAUGGGGAAGGUAGACUUAUUCUUAUCUCUCAGCUGUGGCUCCUUGUCCGUCUGAGGCUGGAAACAAUUCCCAAACUUCAUUUAGAUUGUUUCCUCAAAGGGAUUUAAGGGUUCUGAUGGAGACCUGAGGCUGAGACAUAGCUUCUCUCACUCCCUCUAUAUUUAGCUUUUCUAUCCCUCCUUAACAGUGUGCCUCUAUCCUUUUGAUUCUCCUACCAGCUCUGUAAACCCCUCAUCUUCUGCAACUUCAUUCCAUGUAGCAGCUUCCUACAACUCUGGCACCCCAAACCAAUUCCAGAGUUUAAAAACACAGCCAAGGAGAGGGAGAAAGAACUGAAUAGGCCAAGGGAGGAAAGGCAUGUGUGGGUGAGUCUGGAAAUGGGAUGGAUAGUGGGUAAGGUGGAGGAUCCAAGGAGGCUGCUCCAAAUGUGGCAGGAGCUGCAAAGUAGCAGGAUGUUCUCAGCCCCACAUGGUGGAAAGGGGGGAGAGAGAAGUCCGUGAAGUCAACUUAAGCAAGCUUCUGGAGGGGUGUCACAGCCAAACAGCUGUAGGGAGGCUGCAAUUGUCCAGGCCAGAGGAGAUGGAGCCUGAGAUGAGGAUUUCAGAAGAGGGGCCUUGAUUUCAGGAGCAGAGGCUGGAGGAGAUGAGCCAGAGAGAAACGCACUGCAAGAUGGUAGGUGCAGCUUGAGGACUACCUAGAGGUGACAGUGAGGAGGUACCAAGAACAAAUGGCAGGAGUGUAGCACAGGGUCCAUGCAAGGUGAGAGGGAAAUGAUCUGGUUUGAUGUGAGUGGAGGCAGCUGAACAGAGCUGGGCACAGUCUCCAGGACAUUGCUGAUGCACAGGAGGGUGGACGCAGGGUGAAGAACAGAGUCCAGAAAGAUUACCUCCGAUGCCUGAAAGGUAAUUGAUUCCUGAUUAUGGGGGACUCUAUUGUUCUUCAGCAGUCUGGCCUGAGGAUUUGCAGGGUUGGGGAUGGCAGUAUGGGAUACACCCUGAACUUAAGUAUUAGGAGGUAGCCGUGUUAGUCUGUAUCCACAAAAACAACAAGGAGUCCGGUGGCACCUUAAAGACUAACAGGUUUAUUUGGACAUAAGCUUUUGUGGGUAAAAAAAACAUUUCUUCAGAAUUUAAUGGACUAUAAAAAGUGUGUCUGGUAGAAUUGCCAACUCUCAUGAUUUUAUCACAUCUCAUGAUAUUUUAUGUUUUUCCUAAUGCCCCUGCUCCUGAUUCUGUAACUACCUGAGAAUCUCAGCUUUCAUUUUAAAAAGAUACAGCUCUAGCCCUCGCUGCUGGGGAGAAGAGCUGGGAAACGGGACCUAAGUGCAUUGAGAAGGCCCAGAAACCAGACAGCAAAGAAACAAGGAGGCACAUAUAUUUUUGGUUUAAAUCUCAUGAUCUUGGGGCCUGACUCAUGAUUUUUGAACUAGUGGGGCUGGGGCUGGGAGGGAUCUUUAGGUCCUGUCUCCACUCAGUCAGCUGCUGCAGGAGAACAGGAAACAUGUUGCCAACUUUUACUAGAGGAACAAUUCUCCAAGCAGGCUGGGAGCUGGGGGAAAGCAGCCAGUCCUCCCUGUGAAUUCUAGGGGAUUUUAGUGCCUCAAUUAUCAAACAUCAGCUGGUUGUCUCAGCCCCACCACGUGGUGGGUCAUGCUUAUUAACCCUAUUUCAUAACUGGGGGACCUGGGGUACAGCCACAGAGGAAGCUGGGAUCAGUGUUGAGAUUACUGAUUUGCUGGCCAUACUCCACUUAGUCCACUAGAAUAUGCUGCCUCUAAUACUACUGAGCUGCCCCUCUGGGUGGCCACAGGUGACCCUGACCACUCAGCCACAGGCAACUAGCAGAGAGGAGUCUUGGCUCACCCCUACAAGCAUCAGGGCCAGCCCAAGGGUCACUGACUCUCACAAAUGCAGCCAUUGGCCAUCCCAAAAAUCCAAGGGCUUGUGACCUUGGCUUUCCUGGACUCCAGAGGCUGUCCUGGGGAAGCUUUAGGGAAAUCCAGGAACAACUCCCCUGUCGAUCCUUGUAUUGCAUUUGUAAGGCUCUUUGCAAGAAAAAGAGCAAGAAACCAACUUGUGUGUAAUGAAAGCUGAGAUUCUGCAUUGCAUCUCAAGGCGCCCCCGAACAGGGCUUUGAGAACCUUGAAGUGUGGCUCAGGUUGGGGGGACUCAAGGAACAGCCACAGAAACGCUCAAGGGGUGGUGGAGUUGAGUUCUGGGGAGAGAGUCAAAGAGCUAAAUCCAGCUGGCUUGGCAAAGCCAGGAAUAAAAGGAGAGACUUGAGAAUUGUCUGCAUGUGCCUGAGCAGGAGCAACCACAAGGAAGGGGCUGAGACUGAGCCAAGGGAAAGGAGUUCAGGAGCUAUCUCCCUAGUGCUGAGGGGUCCGUGAGCCCAGGGAGCUGUCUCCCAAGGGCAGGGAAACUGGGAUCUAGGGAUGGAUAGAGCACAGACUGUGGAAAGAAAGGAUUCCCUCAAACAGGGCUAAGGCAACCCCUGCCUACCUGGUGGGAAUGGCCAAAGUAACCCCUCAGGUGCUGGAAGGAGAAAUCCUGCAUGUACAGCCCAUCGUGUUUCCUCGCCUGGGAAGCUGUGGUCCUGGCGAAGGGUCUGUCACUAACCUCGGGGCUGGCUGGGCCUAAGGAAACUCCAAACCUGGGAGCUGAUCUCUGCCGACAAACAGGUGAGAUGCAAAUCACAUGGGGCCCAUCUGGGAAUCUAACACCAUCACUGGGGAAAUGUUGAACUAACAAAGAGCAGGUGUGUGGGAGACAGGAUGGGGUCUGCAGCCUGGGGGAGGAGCUAGAGUCACUGGGGAAAACUGGACAUUUUAAGUAGAUUUCAGAGAGCUGUGUAGCUGACUCCCUCUCCACUCCGAGUUAGCACAGGUCGCAGUGUUGUGUGAUGCUAGAGAUGUUUUUAGAGAAAAUAUGAAACUAGAGUCCUGAUUGCCUGAGAUUUGUCACUCUCCCCAUGAGUUGUGCAAUGAACUGCAUUUUCUUGGCCAAACCUCAACUGAGAUGAGUCCAUUCCUCCUUCCUAUAGUCCUCACACAGGUUCAACCAGAUACAGCACUCCACUUCCUGUCCCAAAGUGCCCUGUAAUGCAGCUGUUAAAUGGCUGCCAAGUCCCACCCCAGAGAAUGCUGCAUCUCAGCAGGUGGGUAAAGUGUUCCAUGUGCACAUGGAGUGUGUAAAGCCCUUUGGGAUGCUGAGCAAUGGGAGGUGUGAGAGAAAGGUGAGACCUUCUAACUAGUGGCCUCUGACAGCCACCCCCAUUUUGGUCUCUCCAGGACUCAGACUAUCCCGGGUGGAGGACCCAUUACUAGCGGAUUGAGAUGGGUGAAAUGGAACAGAUGAGGCAGGAGGCCGAGCAGCUGAAGAAGCAGAUUGCGGAUGCACGGAAAGCCUGUGCUGACACUACACUUGCUCAGAUUGUGUCCGGGGUGGAGGUAGUUGGACGCAUUCAGAUGCGUACGCGGAGGACCCUGCGUGGGCACCUGGCCAAGAUCUAUGCAAUGCACUGGUGCACGGACUCCAAACUCCUGGUCAGUGCCUCCCAAGAUGGGAAACUGAUCGUGUGGGACACUUACACAACCAAUAAGGUUCAUGCCAUCCCUCUCCGCUCGUCCUGGGUCAUGACCUGUGCCUAUGCACCCUCAGGGAAUUUUGUGGCCUGUGGGGGUCUCGACAACAUGUGCUCUAUCUACAAUCUCAAGACUCGUGAAGGCAACGUCAAAGUGAGCAGGGAGCUCUCGGCCCACACAGGUUACCUCUCCUGCUGCCGAUUCCUGGAUGACAAUAAUAUCGUGACGAGCUCCGGAGACACCACGUGCGCACUCUGGGAUAUUGAAACAGGACAGCAGAAGACUGUGUUCAUGGGUCACACUGGAGACUGCAUGAGCCUGGCCGUCUCCCCAGACUUCAAACUCUUUAUCUCCGGGGCCUGCGAUGCCACUGCCAAGCUGUGGGAUGUACGGGAGGGAACCUGCCGUCAGACAUUCACAGGGCAUGAGUCAGACAUCAAUGCCAUCUGUUUCUUCCCCAACGGUGAAGCCAUCUGCACAGGUUCAGAUGAUGCCACCUGCCGCCUCUUUGACCUGCGGGCAGACCAGGAGCUCAUCGUCUAUUCCCAUGAGAGCAUCAUCUGUGGAAUCACCUCAGUCGCCUUCUCCCGUAGCGGGCGUCUCAUGAUGGCUGGAUAUGACGACUUCAACUGCAACAUCUGGGACUCCCUGAAGGGGGAGCGUGUGGGGAUCCUCUCCGGUCAUGACAACAGGGUGAGCUGUCUGGGGGUGACAGCAGAUGGCAUGGCCGUGGCUACUGGCUCCUGGGACAGCUUCCUCAAGAUUUGGAACUGAAGAGGAUGAUUGGGAGAGGGAGAUUAUUGGGAGGAGGGUGUUUACAACAAACACAGUCAGUUGAGCACAAUUGGUAUUUCUACCUGUUAGUCACAGGCAUGUCUCUCUCUCUGAGGGAAAGGAGCCCUCCAUUAGCUGUUCCCCCCAACCCAAUUCCUAAAUAUGGCAUAAGGCUUUCAGCCUGGGACAGGUUGUAGGACCCCAGAUAAGUGAGACUGUUUCACAAGCUUUAGGACCUUGCAUUGCACACCCACUGACUCCACACCAUUUUAUCCCUACAUUGUCCCCCCCCACCCCAGUCACCCACCAGAAAGACAAACACCGUUCCCUGAAAAAGACCUCUACUUGAGGCAGGGACCCCCCUCCACUAUAACCAUUGCUCCAGACACACCUUCCCUAAUCCUCCCAAAGAGAGAAACCCUCCUGCUUGCAGACGGGGGUAGAGAGAAAUUUUAGCCAGCUAGGACUCUGCAUUGAGCUUUGCUAAGAGGGGCUAAUUUCUGUGGGACCCCCUCCCCCCACCAGUUAGCCCAGUUUUAUCUAUGCAUCAAAUGUGGGAGGGGAGUUCACUGUCCCAUCUAGGGCAUCAAGGACAGGGAAAUGUUAAUUUAUUUUUAUUUAUAUUCCUGUAGCUGUCCCCUUCCCCUCAUCCACAUGUGCUGUGUAUUGCUCUUGCAUUAGCUUGUAGACCACCUCAGCCCCUGCUUUCAAGAUGUAACUAUCAUACAGGAGUUUCAGACAAAAUAAAAAGAUCAAGUGAGA